GCUAAAAUCCCCGGAAUUUGUGUUUUCUCAAUACACGAGUUAGUGAGAAGUGAUAACUGAAAUCAGUUUCUAGGAAAAGUGUUAGUAAUAGAACCGGCGUGUUCGCAGGGGACUCGGCGGCUUAUCAGUGCGGUGAGACGUUUUAUAAGUAGGCAGCGCGAGUGCGAGCCAUCACUAGACGGUCCGAUCGCGCGGUGGACAGUAGUUGUAUAUUUUGAAUUACUUAUAAUAAUUCGUGUAAACAUAAGAAAAAUGUUAGUGUUUCCGCAAAUGCGACCGCAGAUACGCGAUGAAGGAUGUAGGGUGUCAAAGUGGAUACCGGCGGAAAGAUUCGCUCCUUAUUUUGCAAGGACAAACGUCUUACCUCAACUUCCACCAAAGGAUGAAGAUGAAGACUCUUUAGGAGGAUCGUCUCCAGAACACACAAGCGAUUCUGGAUUUGAAACAAGUGAAGGAUCAUGUGGCUGGAGGGGAUGCGGUUUGAGGUUUCCGAACGUAGCUCGCCUGUCCGCACACAUUGCCCGGGUUCACGCUCAUGCACACAGAGACGGCCUUUUUUAUUGUUGUUGGAAAAACUGUUCAAGACCUCAACGAGGUUUUAAUGCGAGAUACAAAAUGUUAGUACACGUACGGACCCAUACCAACGAACGUCCGCACACCUGCAACCAAUGCCAGAAGAGUUUCUCUAGGGCUGAAAACUUGAAAAUACAUCUCCGUUCACACUCCGGUGAAAAACCAUACGUUUGUCCUUAUGAGGGAUGCGGCAAAGCCUACUCGAAUUCCAGUGACCGCUUCAAACACACUCGCACGCACACAGUCGACAAGCCAUAUUGUUGUAAGGUCCCCGGCUGCAACAAGCGGUACACAGACCCAUCCAGCCUCAGAAAACACGUCAAGACGUAUAAACAUUUCAUCAAUGAAAAGGACAAUCCAAGACGGGAAUCGUCUGACGAACGCCAAAGUUCUGACAGCUAUUCCCCGUUACGUGAAAAUAUAAUUUACAACCAGCAGCCCACAUCACCCUCCGCCAUAUCGUACAGCCCCCCUUGUAUGGUGUCACCUAAUUUGCCCUUUAAAUCUAUUACUUCAUACACAGGGUCUGCGUUGGGCGCGCCUUUAAGCUAUAUUCCCGCUAUGGACCGGGUCGCGUACAUGAGACCUCUCAAGAAAGUGUACCCAAUCAGGGUCCCUUCACAUGAAAUGUCAUAUUUAGAAUAUUCCCAGAUGUACGACCAUGCUUAUAGAAACUAUUAUACAUGUGGACAUAACUACUCUGUAUUAAGACCAACAAUUAACGAAAAGUCUUUCACGACGGAACCGAAUACAUUUGGUGACACGUUUCAAGAAUCUUCUGAGAAGUAUGAAUGUAUUGAGGAAGUACCCCUAAAUUUAAUCUGUGUCAAACGCUUGGACUGCAAACCUAUCGAGAAACUAGAACUAGUCAGACAUACAGACUUGCCUUUAGAUUUAAGUACUAAAAGUUAAUUAUAUUAUUGGAAAUAAAGUAUAUUUAUUGAUUUUA